AUGUCAUUUCCCCAACGUCGACUUGAAGGUGUUUGUAGAUGGAAGGAUAUUGGCAGGCAAACAGGGUUGGCCCGACUGGAAGGAGAUAUAUUGGGAAAUGUUUGCCUUCCUCUGGGGCUUCCUGUCUACAGAAACCGGAUACCAAUUUACAUAAAAGGUUCUUGCGGAAGCCACCUCAAGAGGCUGCUGGCUGAAGUAUUAUCAGCUGCGGGCGAUGUUGUCUCAGUCACGCCUAAAGAACAAACAGUGAGGGAAGGAGAUCCCAUCCAAAUGUUGUGUAAACUUCCACAGCCCCUCGAGUUCUGUCGAAUUUCUUACCUACCGUCCACGAGUGUCAUACUGACACCUAACAAAAAGGAUGAUCGGUUAAGCUAUUUCGGAGAAGGUUUCGAGAAAGGCCAUUGUGGAGUACUGAUAUACUCUGCUAAGGACUCCCAUAACGGAAACAUCACCUGCAGUUUGACCGCUGUGGGCGCUCUCGGAGAAAAGAGCGGAACGAUGAAGCUGACUGUAGCAAAAAGACCAUCAAAGCCAGAGUUAAUGAUUGCAAGGCCUGAAAAUCCUGAUGGAAAUUUCAAUGAAAACGAAAUUUUAAAUGCAUUUUGCAUCGUCAAGAAUGGAAGACCCGCAGCCAACAUCACUUGGUAUAUUGGAGAUGAAAAACUGACUGAUGGCUUGAGUACCAUCCUCGUUGAACAGUAUGAACCACAAGACCUCCACACAGUUUCUCAGAACUUGACUCGACGAGUCCAGGCAUCCGACAACGGCAAGCAAUUGCGGUGCGUCGCUGGUCAUCCUCUUCUUAAUGACAAUACCAAUACAACAAUUCAGACUAUCUCAGUGAAGUUUGCACCAAAAGAUCAGAGCCAGCCUUUGGAAAGGUUUGGACUGGUCGAGGGAGAGGAAGGUAAAAUUUUAGUAACAGUUAUGGCCAACCCAAAACCAGAUUUCAUGUGGGUCAUCGGUGAAGACAGGAUUUACGAAGGAGACCAGGACGCUUCUGGAAGGUUCAGAGUCUUAAGAGGAACACCAUCAGAGAAUAUUCCAGGAUCAUGGGACUCCGUCCUUGUUAUCGACCAAUUGAUGAAGGAAGAUGUUGAGAGGAAUUAUCAGCUUGUUGCCAAAAAUUCACUCGGAGAAAAGAGUUACUCAGUUUCAAUUUCAACUAGUCCCGAGCCAAGAAUGUUUGAACUUGGAGCUCCAGCCAUCGUCGGAAUAGUCGUAGCAGUGUUGGUAAUCCUGACGGCAGCAGCUUUAUUAGUUUUCGCUCGAGCCAAAGGAAGGUGGUGUUUUGCUGGGGCAACUGCACACUUUGCUGGAGAAUCGAGUGACACAGAAUCCGCAGACCAUCAUCACCAUGCUUCGAACCCCAAAAUAAAGAAGACGCCGUUCACUUCUGUUUUCAAGAAGAAAGCUAAAGAACCCACUCCUGAGCCAAGCCCGGAAGGAGAGCAAGAAGCAGCUGAAGAAGACAGGGAAGAAGAUAGCAAAGAUGAAGCAGGGCGAGUCAUGCUCAAUCCAGACGAAGGAGUAGUCUACGCUGAGUUGGACCUUACUGUUGCCACACCAAGGGUUCAAGUCAAGCCAGAGGACGAAAAAACUGAAUAUGCCGAGAUAAUACAUACAAAAGGCAAAUAGAGUUAUAUUUUUCUAUUAAAGAGUCAUUCUAUCGUUUAAAAAAAAACAAGAACUGGCACAAUAUUUUGGAGUUGUUUAACAAUAUUGAUGUAUUUCUAUAAUAAUAGAUUAGAUUUAUAAGAUUAUAUAAUUCAAUAAGAUCCCCUUAAAACUGAGAAUAAAUUCUAUGUGUUUGAGAUUGUAAUGUAUAUAAUUUUAAGGGUGUGAAACUUGGCUAUAACAUGUAUGUAUUUUUAUUAUAUUGCAAAAGAUUUUAUAAUAUUAAGAAACAAAACAAUUUUCUGUAAUGUAUAUUAUGGACUGUGGUUUAGAUAUCUUGUGGAAUCGUUUUGCUACUUACCUUUGGCCUAUGUUAUUUUUAGUGGAAUGUUUACAGCCAAGUCUAAAAAUAUUAAAAUGAAUAUAUUUAAAAAUAUAUUUUGAAUAUUAUUUUGUAGAAAUAUCUUUUCUACUUUAAAAAUUUUUUAAUCCCCUAAUACAUGCAGUACAAGAUUUUCUACCUGGACAUGUAAUGAUCUGAGAGAUCAAUGCAAAUUUUGAGUGACAAAACCAAUUUAAAGAACGGGGUAGUAAAUUUAAAUUUUCUCCAUAUUUUCUUCCUUAUCAUAGCUGUCCGUAAAGCUCAUAUAUCGUAAACCGGGUUUACUUUGGGGCUAAGGGUUUUUAUUUGCUAGAGUUUAUUUUGAAUUGGAAAUCACCUGGCGGACUGGAAAAUUGUUAUAUCAAGACAAAACAAAAGUUGUCUCAAUAUAAAAAUGUUUAAGCCAGUCAGGUAAUUUCAUAUUCAAAAUAAACUCAAGUACAUAGUACCCCGGUUUACGGUACUUUAAAUAUAAAUAAUUUUUAUAUUUGUGUUUAUAGUUUCAUAUUGUUUAGCUCCACCAUUCUGUUGCCCCGCCAUCAGAGGUAACUAUUUAAGUUCAUGAUUGAUGAUUUGGUUUUAUUGUCAUAUUUGCAGUUCUCAGGAUAUAUUUCGGAGGAGUAAAAUUUUAUAAAUUAGCUAAACCGGU